CCGAAGAUCAUCGUGAUUAUCUAGUUUCACACAGGUAUUAAUUAAUAUGUCAAGAUAAACUUUUUUUGUCAUUCGAAAGGGCGCUGGUUGACCCGACACCCAGUCGUUUUAUAAAGAGCAAGUCCAUGUCGAAGCGUUUGGCGAUUCAGCUUCCUGCCUUUGCUCGCGUUGCUGUGCUACUCAGUCUCUACAGCCUCGAUCUCUUGGAUCUUCACGCAAAAAUUGCUUGGAUUGGAACGUCUGAGUCAUUCUCGUUCGACGUGGUGCAUCAUCACAGUUUCGAAAAUGACCCCCUUGCAAGACCUGAAUUUCCAAGUGCAAACGAAUCACUUCCAACAACAGAAUUGGGAACGGAGCUACUUCGCGUAUCCGGAUGGACAUCACUCUACGAGAGAUGCAGCGACCUGUACGCCACCAAAGACAACGAAGAGUUCGACAUGAUCAAAGCCAUCAACUGCGAACUUGGUCCACAAUUUUCUACCGAACGCCGUGUUGCAGAUGAGUUGAUUCUCUCUGCUACUUUGAAUGUUGAUUCGGUAGCGUGGGUAAGCUGUCAAUUGUUGUUUUUUCACCGACGACCACCACUCUGCCAAGAAAACGUUGUCACGUUAUUUUCUACGAGAUAUCGACUUACAGAGGAUGAGGUUGACCCUGAUAAAAUGGCUCCUAUCCACUCGAUAGCUGAAGCAGAGCUCUUAAGAAUGCUAGAUCUUCUAAGUCGUAGCCAUCCGCUGUCAAACGUGGUAUGUGCGCAAGGGUUUGAAGCUACUGCUGGACCCGGACGCUACGACACCGACGUGUUUGCUUGUGGCAGCCCUAAUGUAUUGGAGAGCGCAUUCAUCGGCGUAUUCGCGUCAAAUUUUGGCGAGUUGCACGCUGAUUUGGCGCAGCUAGCAGUGGAUGAGGUGAACAUUAUGGGCUUCGAGCUGAUAUCGCGACAAAACUCCCGCUCGCAGUUCAUUUUGAAGGAGAAAAAUGGAAAGGUCGUUGUCGUGGAGGAGAACAUGACAAACUUCGCUACUUUUGGACAUCUCUACGUGUUUUUGAUCCUUGUGGACUUCGCUUUGCUCAUUGCACAUGCACGUGCUACAUUUGACACCGGUCGGAUGUUUGGGUGGAGGACUCUUAUUCGAUUAAAAGACGCAGAAAACAACGAUAGCGAUAAUUUUGGCGACUCGAGCUGGUUGCUGCUUUAUCGCUCAUUGUAUCGCAGUGGUCCAAUAGCAGCACUAACGAUACUAUCAGCUUUGAUCUCGUGGUUUGUAAACCUCCCAUUCGCAUUGAUGUGGUGCACAGCGUCGGAAGGAAAAGUAUACGCACUCGUGUCUGCUGUUCGGGUUUGGAUGCUAGUACUCUGUUUGUUGAAUUUACUCUGGGGUAUGUUCGUCCGAAUCCGUGAGGCUCGAGCAUAUAGUGUGGUAAAAGGCACAUUUGUGACUCCGUUGGAGAUACUAGCCGUGUCAGCAUUCAUAGUCAUCUUGAAAAUGGGUACACUGUUUGAUGUGGCAGUGAUCAGACGGCAGCUUGAAGGCCAACAAGGAGUUGAUAGUAAAGCUUUUUCAGGUCGUACAGCACUCUGGAACGCAUACAACCCAGAAGUUGACGGGUUUGCGACUACGCCACCUCAAAUUGUGCAUACGUUACUUGCUCCGAUAGCAAUUGCAGUCACAGAGAGUUUACUAUUGGUUGUGGUGGUGCUUAUUGUGAAAUUCGUGUACUAUCGUCGACUAUUGGAUCGGCAAGAUAAUGAAGCUGCGAGUGCAGUUUCAGUGGUAGAUUUCGACAACAUUGACGAACAUUUGUCAUAUCCCUCGGUGGAUCAACGCACCUCCAAGGCACCUCUGAUAUCUCGCCGUCAUGCGAAGAAUUACAGUCGACUACCGUUGGAAGAGCUGUUGCGCACACCAGCCAGAGCGAAUAGUUUGGUCCGUUGUUGCUUCGAUAUUGACGUGGUAGAGGACGACGGCCUCACUUACAUGUUGCCUCACGUAUACUACGACUUCGGUGUUGUGGUGACUGACGCUGGAUAUCUGCGAACUCGACGUGGAUUUUCCACUGUGAUUCAUCGCCGUCUCGACGUCGAGAAAUUUUUCGCUCCGAUUGAAAAAUCAUCGACAGUCUCGCCGACUCCUCUAAAGCGGCAGCGGCUUCGUGACGGAAAUACUUCUACCAGAGCCAAGUUUGCGCUGGAAAGUAUGCCUGCUCCGGUAGACGCGGUACCUGAGAACCGCAGUCCACCUCCUCCACGAACACUGUCGGAAUUUAGAUCGAUGCCAAUGGCAAAAUCCAUGCGGCGGCGCAAGAGCAUGGAGGAGCUACUCGAGAAUCCGUCACCUUCGCCCUAAUGUCGGCCACAGGGGACACCACGGAAGCAGGCAUCUAUCCAAUGGCUUAAUAAAUUGCAAGGCAAGUCUAGCGUGGAUUUUCGAUUUGGUAGAGACAACUCGGUUGCAAUUGUUACCGAAAUGUGCGUGUACAAAACUGUUGUGUUGAGCUCACUUGCGCUAGCAUCGUGGUACAAAUGUGCGGUUUAAUCUUUCAUGGUCAUCUGAAUCUUACGCACCGCAAUAAUCACGGCACAGGUGAGGAUAACUACCGCGCCAACAAUGCUCCAAUGGUUGAUGUGUUCGCCCAGAAUAAGCGAGUCCCAGAUGAAGACGAAUACGACGUCCAAGUAGCGCAUGACUGCCGCAAUGCCUGCCUUCUCCAGCUGGAAGCCUCGAGUAAGGAACAUUUGCCCGCCGAAUGUAGCUAUACCAGUACCGAUAAUAGCUCUCCAAAGCAAGAACGUAUCGGGCAUGUAGAAGGACUGUAUACAUUCAACAUGAGUUAGUGAUAAUUUGAUAAUUUACUUGAAAGCCUGUUGUUCCCCAGCAAA